AUGGAGGGCUAUGCAUACAUCCUCACCCAUCCAGGGAUACCCACAGUUUUUUAUGACCAUUUUUAUGAUUGGGGUGAUUCCAUUCAUGAUCAAAUUGUGAAGCUGAUGGAUAUUCGGAGGCGUCAGGACAUCAACAGCCGAUCAUCCAUCAGGAUUCUCGAGGCUCAGCCAAAUUUGUAUGCUGCAGUACUUGGGGAGAGUGUGUGCAUGAAGAUUGGGGAUGGCUCAUGGUGCCCGGCUGGCAGGGAGUGGACACUUGCCACCAGUGGCCACAGAUAUGCAGUCUGGCAGAAGUAG